UUAAGUGAAAAAUCAUCCUCCAAUUUCUCAUUCUCUCGUCGUAUACAGUAAACAUGCCUGAGCCUAGUAACGACUACAGGGUUGUAGUUUUUGGUGCCGGUGGUGUAGGGAAGAGUUCUCUAGUCUUACGUUUUAUAAAGGGUACUUUUCGUGAAAAUUAUAUACCAACCAUUGAAGAUACAUAUAGACAGGUGAUCAACUGUAACAAAAACAUCUGCACUCUACAGAUCACGGAUACGACUGGAAGUCACCAAUUUCCAGCCAUGCAACGCCUUAACAUAUCGAAAGCCCACGCUUUCAUAUUGGUCUACUCCGUUACAACAAAUCAAAGCUUAGAGGAAUUGUCGUCGAUAUUUAACAUCAUUAAAGAAAUAAAAGGUAACAUCGAAGGAAUUCCCAUUAUGUUGGUUGGUAACAAAUGCGACGAAACCGAUUGUAGGGAGAUCGAUUUUCAAUUAGGUUUAGAUCAGGCGAUGAGAUGGGGGUGUGGUUUUAUGGAAACUUCAGCUAAAACAAAUUAUCACGUCAAAGAGUUAUUUCAGGAACUGUUAAACAUGGAAAGGAGAAGAAAAAUGGGUUACAGAGACAACAUGAAAAAUAAGUCGCGUGAUAGAAAAGAAAAAAUACUUAAAGGUUGCCUGUUGAUGUAAAACCAGAAAAAAAAAAACAAUCGCAUCUCCUUUAUCCCUUUGUUUUUUCCUUUACGGGACCAGAUUAUUUCGGACUUUAACUAUUAAAACGGUAUUGUUUUCGAUUCGUGCGGUACUGAGUGGUCCAAAAGUCAAUUAACUAUGGCGUGGUGUUUACAAAAGCGUUACGUAAUUCUAGAGUAACAAUAAGUAGUACGAUUACGUGUAAUUAAUAAAAGAAUAUGUUACGUUCGGUACCUCGAACUGUAUAUUAUUCCUUAUUACAAAUAAGAGGUUGUUGAUCGUUCGUGAGUUACUUAAUUUUGGGACUGAAUAAUGCGAUAGCAUUACGUAAUUAAUAGACGAUCCUUGUCUUAAAUAUCUGGACAAAUAACUAAUAUUAUACCAAAUCUUUCUUAUUCAAUAUACAAUUAACAAUACUUUAGCAAAUUAAAUACGUAUUCGAGCGAUUCGCACAUGGUUAACUGACUUUUGAGCCAUCCUGUAUAUAAUUGUUAAAAUAGCACAUAUUUAUUUAAUUUUUUGGGGGGAGAUUUUUGUCUGUAAAUUGAUAUUUUUUCAAGUUCGAAUUCUUUAUUUUUUUGAGUGUGUGUAAAGGAAUCAUGUAUAUGUUACACGUUUAAAAAAAACCAUAAGAUAUUUCGCAUCGAAGUACAUUCGUUCAUGCUUAUGAAUAAAAUUGUUUUUGAUCUAAAAUUUAUUUUUAAUAUAGAAGAUUAACUAUUAGAAUUAAAAACAAAAAGUUAUCCGCAUUUUAAAACGCAUUUUUAGUGCUAUCUAAAUAUCCCUAAAUGGCAUUUAGAUAUCUACUGAAAAAUUCAUUUCAACUUUUUCGUAUUCCUGAAAUUUCCCGUAAGUCGGGGAUUUUUCUUUUUAAUUUACCGAAUUUUGUCAAUUUUUAUAAUGCUUAAAACUGAUAGAAGGAAGUUUACGAAUAACACAUUCAUAAAAUAAAAAGAAAUUUAAAUACUUUAAUUUAUAAAAGAGGACAUUCAAAAUUUUCAGAAAAAUCAGAGAAAUUAUCGGAAAAUUUAAAAAUUACAUCUUUAAAUUUGUAAGAAAAGCGAAUAAAAAAUUUAUUUGGUGUCUUAAUGUUUUUCUAAACUGGAAGUUUGUCAUUAGAUGUGUAUAAAUAGGAAAAAAUGCCAUUUAUAGAGUCAGGUUCGAGUAAUAAUUGUGAUAAUUAUAUUGAUCUCAACGUUAUAAUCUCAAGGACAAUGACCUAAGUGACAAUUAAGAAUUCCUAGAAGUUCUAACUUAGAACUUCUAAGGUCAAAGACAAUUAAUAAUCUGACACCUUCAAGAAAGAAAAAAGAAGGAAAAAAGAAAAAUGGAUACUUAAUCAUAAAUUUGUCAGCUGAUAGAUAAACGAUAAUAAAAAUUUAAAAUUUCCCUAUGCUAUUGAAAGUAUCCAUUAGACUGUAUCGACUUAAUGAUUUUUCCCUAAUAUUGAGGGUUUAUCCCCUCAACUUUCAUAUAAAAAUUUGUUUAAUUGAAAAAAAAUUUUUUUGGAUUAUAAUAUAAAUUUUUUUGUUACAAUAAUGAAAUAAAAAUUUUAUUAUUAAAAGAAUAUUAAAAUAAAAUUUAGGGCAAUUUCAUUGAUUCUAAUUAAGCAAGACAAAAUUAGAAAAGAAGCAUCAAUUGAUUUUGUGGCAAAUAACAUGAUUUAUUGGCAUCUUUUACGUAAAAUAACAAAUCAAUGAUGCUAUUUAUGUUCUUCAUUAACAUCUUCAAUCGAUUAAACAAACUUUACUCUGAUCAGACUUCAAUUUUCUCAAUCAUCAACUCCUUUUUUUCCCAUUACAAUAACUAAUUUUGUAGUAUUUAAUAAUUUUAAAAGUAAUUCACUUUGUUUUUCCACUUUAAAACUCAAUUACACAAUUUUUUUGUGCCUAUUAAUAAUGUAUAUUUUAUAUAUGUUACUGAAUAUGACUUGUAACAAAUUCACUGUAUCUUUUCAUUUUUAUUGUAAAAUAUUAUUUGCAGCCAUUUUAUACUGGUUAUACCUUUCAUUUUUUUGUCCUGGCUGCAGAUCUCAUCUGGCAAUUAAAAUUUCUAAAAUAUCCAUUUGUUGAAUGGGUUUUCUAUCCUACAGAUCAAUAAAAUUCUCAACUUAAUUAAUGAAUUAUCAAAGAAAACAAAUCAAAAUUCCUUCAAUUAAUGUGCAUUAGCCAUUUGGCAUAAGGUUGUAUAUGAUUAAUUAGUUACAUAUUUGUGAGUGGAUGUAAAAUGCUCAAAAAAUUAAAAAAAAAAUGAUCUAAAUGUUUGUGGACCAAAUAUCUUCAUUUCUUAAUAAUGUACCAUUUGUUCUGCUAAUUUACACCAUGUAAAUAUUUUUAAAAUAAUGUUAUAUUGAUUUUGA